UCAAAGUCCUCACAAAUCCAGAAAUGUCAAGAUGACAGCUAAAACAUUUAAAUAAACAAAACAAACAUUAUGAGUCCUACUAGCUAUUGGUUGUGAUGGUUUCUAAGGAGUAUGUUUCUGCGUUGCUGCGUCGCUUACACUAAAUUUUAACAUAGCAACAUCGCAGUCACAUCGGAGCAGAUAUCAGGACAGAACAUGACAGCCGGUUCCAUUGUGGUUCCUCUCAUUAUUCCGAUUCGUAUCCCUCCACCUGGUAAAGCCAAACAUGAGAUUGACACCACAACUCAGGUUGAGAUCAAAUCAGAUACCCCAGAUGUCACUAUCUACUACACACUGGAUGGUUCUAAACCAGAGGUGACGAAGAGACAAGGGUUUGGAGAAAGCAACGCAUUGAAGUACUGUGGACCAAUAUGCUUAUCUGCGGGAAAAGUGACAGUUAAAGCCCUGGCUGUUGCCAGUGAUGGUCGGGAGAGUGCCAUUGUCACCAAGGUAUUUCUGGUGGAGUAUAUGCCCUCAAAAGAGCUCCCUUCUGUUGAAGACAAUGAAGAGAAGGAAUAUGAACGAAACCUCCCUAGACAGGAGAUGGGGACAGAAAUUGGUUCUAGGGAUUCCAAACUGGCGCUACAAGUUCCAAAGAUCAAGGGAAAGAACUCCUACAGGAUCCCUCAAGGCCCUCGGUUCCUAAGCAGCCGUCUAGGGCUUGUACCCCAUGCUGCGGAGCACACAUCUUUACAACGUUCUAAGACACUGAAUGUGAGCAUGGAAGACAGUGCCUUCAAAAACCUGACGAGAACGCAAAUGUCAAGGGUCCAAAGGGAAACAGAUUUUCUGAGGUGUGCCAAGUGCUUGAGCCAUCGCCCUUCAGACCCCUUUGCACGCUUUUGUCUGCAGUGUGGUACCGCCUUGCCUCCUGUGCCAGGCCAGAGACUGCCACCAACAGAGGGCGGACAGAUGGGCUUGUGUGUCCACUGUAAAACCAUGGUGCCGGUCAACACCCCCACAUGUGUGGUGUGUGAGGCUCCCAUGAGCCCCCAGCUCCAACCUCAGGCCAGCUUAAGACUCCAGAACAAGUUGAUCUGUCAGUCAUGUGGAACUGGCAACCCUCCACAUAUCACCAAUUGUGUGACCUGUGAAACGAAACUACUGCUGCCACCCACUGCCAUUUUCUGUGGUCAGAGUGCGCCACCACUUCCCUCUGGAGAAGGCAAGUUGGUGUCCUGUACGAAAUGCAGGCGCAUCAACCACUCAGAUGCACGCUUCUGUGAUUGGUGUGGUUCAAAACCUGGCCAUUCGGUCAGCUUUUUGAUUUGCUCCCGGUGUGGAACGAGCAGCCACCCCUAUGCCAACUUCUGUGGUUCAUGUGGAGUGUUUCUGGAGGGGCCGCCCAGGGGGGAUUCACACACUAGUAUCAACUGUUCCACAGGAGACAAUCUGGAGUCAGAUCAACUCACUUUUUUCUCUCCGCAUCAGCAGGCCUCCACCCGUCGUUCAGACGGUGGAACUGCCACCUGGCAGGCUGUGCCAUCCUCCAUUUCAGCACUGGCCCCGGUGCCAGCGUCGGCUGACCAACAGACUCAGACGGUAGGCUUGUUCUACCCAUCGACCACUGAGCUCCACAGAAAGGGCCAGCAGGUGGCGCUGGAGCUGAGCAGACUGGAGCAGAUGAGGGACCGCAGACCAUUGCUCACGGCAAUAAGCCCAGGCAGAGGGUACUGGAGGAAGCAGCUGGACCACGUGUGUGCUCACCUUCGUAGCUACACUCAGAACAACACUGAGUUCCGAGCUCUCAUUGGGGAACCUCGCAUGGGCAGGUUGGUUUCAGCUGUGAUCGAAGAGGACAACUUUGAAGUCAGUUUGAGGAUAAACUUUGUUUCAGCAGGACUUGAAAAAACUAAGGUAGGAAGUACUGAGAAGGCACUUAUCCUACCAGAGAACCAGAACCUCAGUAGUGUGACUGAAGGCAGGAGCAUGCUCUCAGUCAACCAGACUGAUAAUGGGAGUGAAAAUGCUAGCUUUAAGUCUGGUGCUUCCAGGAGAACAAAAAAAAAACUCAUUCAGAGCUGGAGCUCAGACAAUGCACACAAAUUGCCUCCAUCUAAAGACAGUUUGCUUCUGUCAGAAGUAGGCCGAGAUGGAAGGGGGGACAACUCUGUGGUCCAGCAACUGCUUGAUGAGGGUGCAGAUCCUUCAUGCCAGGGGAGCGACGGGCGUCCUGCACUAGUUGUAGCUGUGCUGCAUGGCCACCAUGAGGUCCUCCCUGUGCUGGUACAGAGAGGUGCUGACAUCAACCAGCAGUCUGGGCCGGUGAACAACACCGCUUUGCAUGAGGCUGCUGCUCUUGGGACUAAAGGCUUCCAGUGUGCAGAGACACUAUUAGGAUGCAAUGCCAGCAUUCGGAAGAAGAACGAUCGAGGUCUGACGGCAUAUGAUUUGGCGGUCACUUCAAAGUGUAGCCCUUUAGUAUCUCUACUAGCUUCUAAGAUGGGUCAGGGCAUGUUAGACAAACUUGUGAAAUCCAGGACUCAACCAAGCCUAGAUGUGUUCCACUGACACCUGGAACUGAGUGUCCCAAAUUACAUAUUCCAUUUAGUGCUUCUAUGAUCCCUGGUUGGACGUAUUGCACUAAAUAAGGAAAGUGGUAUCAUUUGGAUUGUAUUGAACCUCCAUGGUGGCCUUAAUGGGCUCAUGAUGCUGUAUAACAGUUUUUAAAAAAGGUGAUGAGGUGAGUUUAUUGGACAUUGGGCUGUUUUGUGACUUCCAGUCAUUGUGCAUUGGCUCGUAAACCUGCCUCUUCUUUCGUAUUGGAUGCAGAUAUGUAAAAAAGGUUUCCAUCUAAGAUCAUUGGGUAUAUUAAGGUCUGUAAUUAAACUCGAUGAGUUUUAAAACCCCAGUAGUUAAUAUAGGGUUUAUUCUGUCACUUUGGAUGAUUGUUGUGGGGGCGGGACUUUCGGUUUGGUAAGUGGGGAUUCCUUUGUGAUAUAUGCUGGGGUGGGACUUCCGGUGUGACGUAAGCUUGGGCUUGGUAUUUCCUGUGUGACGUACAGUUAAACCAAAAAGUAUUCAUACCCAUGCCCAAUUUUGAGCCAAAGUGAAUUUUUAUUUGACCAAUAAUAAUGUUUCUUCUGGCUGGAAAUAAUAUAAACACUGUAAGACG